AUGAGCAACGACAGCAUACUUUCAACAUCCAACAUUCAGCACCCCGAGGACUCCGCCGAAUCGUCUGCUGCAACGAAUGGCACUCUCCUCGACACCAAUACUCGACGGGCGCAGACUUUUUUCUCGGUCAUGCCGCACAGCUUUGUGACUCUAGAGAUAAAGGAUGGCAUCCCGACUGGAGACUUUUUAAAUUGUUGCCGCGCAAUUACUCCCGUGUUCGAUGUGCUUGGCCCGACUGUGUUCGCUCCGGCAAAGAGUGAUAUCGAAGGCAACAUCAAAAAGUUGCAGACGACGCACAACUCUGACCCGUCUGCUUCGAAAUACCUGCUGGAUAUAAUCGAAAGCGAGCAAAACGUCGGUGGAGCGUUUGCUACAUGUGCACUUCUGUGGCUAAAGAGAUCUCUGGAAUUUAUACAUGCAUUCCUGAAAGAAAUUCACUCUGGGAACGAACAUUUGGUACGCGCUGCCGAAAACGCGUACGCUGACACGUUGAAAAAACAUCACAACUGGGUAGCCCGCGGAAUCUCGUCCGUAGCUUUGAAAGCCAUGCCACGGUUUUCAAAGUUCCUGCAAGACUUGGCUCCGACGCCUGAAGAUUGGAAACAGCCAGACUAUCGCCAACAGCUCUUUACGGACUGCGGUCAUUACAUUACUGCCCUCAACAAUGUACUGUGUGUGAUUGGCGAGUUCUACAAGCGCUCGGCCCUUGAUGUUUGA